AUGGUGAUACUGGUGCUUAUGACCGGCCAACUCAGUGACUCGAAUGCCGGCAAGGGAGAUGAUGAAGACGAUGAUGAGUCGGCUGGGGAUAGAGAUGAUGAAGACGAUGAUGAGUCGGCUGGGUAUGGCAAAGUCGGUGACCCGAAACCCUACAAAGGAGAUGAUGAUGUUGCUGGUGCUUAUGAUCGACCAGCUCGCUCGAUGACUCGACUUCCCACAAGAGAGAGAGAUGAUGAAGACGAUGAUGAGUCUAGUGGGUAUGGCAAACUCGGUGACCCGAAGCCCUACAAAGGAGAUGAUGAUGCUGCUGGUGCUUAUUAUCGGCCAGCUCGCUCGGUGACUCGACUUGCCACAAGGGAGAGAGAUGAUGAAGAAGAUGAUGAUGCUAGUGAAUACGGCAAGCUCGGUGACUCGAAUGCUCAUAAGGGAGACGACAAAGACUAG